AUGACGCGGGGCGGGUCAGGGUACCAGCGCAGCAGCAUGGAGCGGUCGAUGCUGGGGGAGAGCCUCCGCGAGCGCAUGUGCCCCGCCCUUAUGGUGCUCUCGACCGCCGCCGCUGAGGCUGCCUGCCAACGCGCUGAGCUUCGUCGACCUGCUCCGCCCGCACUGCGAGUUCUCCAACCUCAACGAUCCCACGCCUCAUCAGCCCUCAUCCACGUCUCACUCCCUCGUCCCCUUUCCUGUCGCGCUCCCGCUUCCUCCCCUCGCGCCACCUCUCCUGCAGUGCCCGUGCGCACGGCGGGCGAGCAUUCGUACCGCCUGCACGACUUUCGCGUGCGAGUAUUCUAUGCUAGCGAAAUCCAGCAACCGUCCCAAGAGGUACCCGGGGGGAUGGGAAUGCACAUUCUGGCCAAUGCGGAGAACCGGACUUGUUGGUUUCAGCGUUUUACCGACGAGUUCAUGCGCACGCUCGUCUUUUCUGACCACGAGACCUUUGAUCAUCCCAUUGCAUGUCUGCUGGUCGCAUCCACGUCAGAGCCCUUCCCUGUGCGCGCAUUGCGUGAGCUCAUGACUCCCGAGCGCCUGCCCGCGCUCUACCGCGACGGCACCAUGGACCCCAAGCUGCACCUGCACUACCUCCUCCUGCACGACUGCUCCUCCCUCGGCCCUCCCUCCGCCUCCUCUCAAGUCGAGCUCACUAUAGCUGAGAUGCGUGCUGCUUUUGGGAGUCCUGUCUGCCGCUUGUUGCCUAUCAACUCUGCCGCUGCUCCCAGCCAGUCUCGGCCUGACAUCUGGACCAAGCACCGCCCUGUCCCCGUUGGAGGGGUCGCGCCGCCUCCUCCUGCCGGCACUGCGUUGCCGCAGAGCCCCUCAGGUCCGCCGGUGUCGGGGGCGGCGGGGCAGUAUAUGAGUGAGGCGGAUGUGAGGGAGGUGGCGGACAUGAUGAUGGAGCUCAGCGUCAAGCACCUCGUACCACACCUCGAGCGAAAGGCGCGAGACCUCAACCAGCAGAUCUCAGCCAGUCGUCGUGGCCUACGCAACCAGAUCAAGAACUUGUGGUUUGGCAAGGGGAAGGAAGAGUCGGCAGACGCCACACCUGGCGUCUACACCUACCGCUCCCCUGAGUCUCAGAUUCGCCAGCUGGCGGACGCAGCCAUGAUGUUGCAGGACUUCCAACUGGCACUGGACAACUACCGGCUCGUGGCGGCAGACUACCGCAGAGACAAGGCGUGGAAGCACUAUGCUGGGGCACAGGGUUACAGCAAGAUCAUAGGCAACUGUCAGUCUAACGCCAUGUAUCUGAAGAACGCCAUAUUGGACAUGGGGUGCUUUGAUAUCCUCUCUAAGGACGUCGGCGUGCCCCUCGUCACCUUCGCACUCAAGGAGAAGGAUGGCCCCUUUAACGAGUAUGACAUUGCUGACGUUCUCAAGCAGUUUGGCUGGAUCAUCCCUGCUUACACCAUGGCACCUGAUCUCGAGCACGUCACCAUGCUCCGCGCUCUCGUCCGAGAGGACUUCUCUCGCUCGCUCGCCGAUCGCUUCCUGAAUGACGUGCGCAUGACACUCAAAAUUCUUGAGGACAGAGGCGCCACCGUUCCUCGCACAGUCACUCCUGCAGCUGCCACUGCUGCUGCUCCCGCUGUUUCCUCCAUUCCUGAGGAGGAGGCGCCUGUGACGGCAGAGGUUCCGAAGCCCAAGUCCAGGAUGGCUCGUGACCUGGCAGCGGACGAGGCGUAUGUGCUGUCGCCACUGGCAGGCACGCGGCUGAUGCCGCCCAAUAAGCUGGAGUACAGCCACUCGAUGGACUCGUCUGCUCUGCGCCAGCGCACCUUCAGGGUGUUCAAGAAGAAUAGCAUUGCCAAGACCAACGGGGUGUGCUAG